CCAGGCUGGAUGGGGCCUUGAGCAACCUGCUCUAGUGGGAGGUGUCCCUGCCCAGGGCAGGGGGGUUGGAACUAGAUGAUCCUUGAGGUCCCUUCCAACCCAAACCAUUCUAUGAUCUGAAAGAGAGGGAGCUCUCUCUGUGGCCAAAACAUAGCCUGUGUUUAAAUACCUCCCAGUCUUGAAUCUUGUGAGUUAUUGCUUGGGUAGCAGUUGGUGAUAAGGGCCUUUAACUGAGCAUGACUAAAGGGACUAAUGACACCCUGCAAAAUGAUAACUCAGUGAUGGAAACAAAGAUGAUUUACUACUGAUCCUGCUCAGCCUGGAGCUGUUAUUAAUAAAGCUGUUCCGAAAGCCCAAAUAAGUUGUAGACAGUGUGGCUGCAGGAAGCACCAGCGCUAUUUCAGUCCAAGAAUGUCAGUGCCCACUUCCAAGAGGGUUAUUUUAGGGCUUAGAUAACGGUGUAGACAAAAGGAAGGUGAAAGUUCCCUUUGGAAGGAGGCAGAGGGCUGCUCAGCUGAGGAGGGGGGAGGUGGCAGAGGAUCUAGAGGAUCAUGUGUGUCGGGAAGUGAAAAGAGCUGUUUGUAUUCUGACCGUGUUACGUGAGGGAAACAAUAAAAAUUGGUUACAGGGAAUUUAAGAAUUAAAAUUAUAAGAUGGGUAAUUGGUGGGGGGUGUUACAAUACCAUUCUAGUCAGAAUAGCAUGAGCUUACAGUGCCAAGCUUGAAGAUAAAACCUGAUCAGGUGCUGGAUGUGAUUUGAUCACACUGUCUGAUGGCAAGGACUGACCACAGUGGUUCUUUAAGGUUCAUGUGUUAAAACUGGAGUGUUUUGGCUUUGUGUCAUUCCCUUCAGGAGCCCAGAGCACAGACUGUGCUGAGAACAAGUUCUCUGGUGCUUGGGUCGAAGUGGCUUUAACUCUGAAGAGUUAAAUGAGUCUGAUCUGGUAAUUGUACGUUUUCCUCAUGUUUUGCUUGCAUUUUGCUAUUAGGCAUCUGGUUCAUAUGAUCGAACAAGCCCAGAAAGAGCUUCAGAAACUGAGGAAAAACAUUCAAGAUCUGAACUGGCAACGAAAGAACAUGCAGCUCACAGCUGGGGCUAAGCUACGGGAGAUGGAAUCUACAUGGGUCUCUCUGGUCAGUAAAAACUAUGAGAUUGAACGAACUAUUGUGCAGCUGGAAAAUGAGAUCUCACAAAUCAAGCAGCAGCACGGAGAGGCAAACAAGGAGAACAUCCAGCAAGACUUCCAGUGACUUCACUCUCUUACUGCGGCGUUAGGCAAAACAAAAAGCUUUGGAGGUGCUGAGUGUUUGUAGACACGGCCGGUUGGGGUUGUGUCAGGUGAUAAAAAGGUAUUCUCUUGGUUUAUUUUCCUUGUCCUAAAUUCUAGGAGGGGGCGGGGCAGGCUGGGAAUGUCCUGCUUUGGUGUAUUUUGGGCACAGUGAAAUGCUGGGAAUUGAUUCCGUUUUUAUGCACCUCGAGUAGGAGCUCUUAAAACACAAACCUGGUCCCUGUUUCUGCAUUUUCCCUGAUGCUGUGAAUAAACGCUGGUUUUUGUUAUCUGUA